AUGGGCCUUUGGGUAUGGUUAUACCAGGCUCCUGGCCCUUCUUGCGUCCGUAUUACCUCGAUCAGCCAACUUAAGCUCUCAAUCAGCACCUUUGGCGGUGACACUGCCAAGCAGAAGACUCUUUGCUUUCUCUCCGCUGCUUUACACAUCAUCAGUCCAGCGGGUGCAUUUCUUUCGGCACCCUAUGGAGAAGCUCUGUUUUCCCUUCUCAGCAUCUCUGGGUCCUAUCUUUACUCGUCAUCGGUUCUCGAUGAUACUACCAACCACCGAUUGUCGAGGGACUUGAAACUGCUUACAGCCGCUGUACUAAUAUCAGCAGCCACAGCAGUCCGCAGCAACGGAAUUCUUGGUGGAAUUUUGUUCGCGUAUGAUGCUCUUCUACAGCUGCAGCAGAUUCUCAGUCGAGGUUUGUCAUGGGCGGUUGUCUCGCGCCUUGCGGUCACUGUCCUCGGAGGCUGCGUCAUCGCACUGGGUAUGGCUGUACCUCAGUACAUCGCUUUUAUUGCUUUCUGCAUGACUCCGAAUGCCCCACGUCCAUGGUGUGGAUGGACCAUCCCGAGCAUAUACCGCUUUGUCCAAGAACAAUACUGGAAUGUUGGGUUUUUACGGUAUUGGGUCGUACCAAAUAUCCCUCUAUUCCUCUUAGCCUUGCCCAUGUUAGCAUUGCUUCUUCGGUCAGCUCUCUGGGCGUGGAGACUGCCAUCGAUCACCAGUAAAUUCUCAAAGAAUGCUGCCAAUGGAGCAUCAACUAAAGCCAUGUGGUUACUCCCUCGCUUGGCAAUUAUUCAGGCCCUGCUCGCGGUUCUGGCAUUCACCAGCUAUCAUGUCCAGAUCAUUAAUCGGUUAUCUUCUGGGUAUCCAUUAUGGUACUGGCACCUGGCGGCUGAGCUUAUAAGCGAUCUUGAAAGCUCUCAAUCCACUAAUGAGGGCAUCAGCAUCUCUGCAGUUGCUAUUCAAGCUAUGGUGAUCUAUGGUUUGAUCCAAGCGGUCCUCUUCGGCUCGUUUCUCCCUCCCGCUUGA